CUGCUGUGGCAAAUCCUCCACCUCCACCGCCUCCGCCUCCACCUCCAUCACCGCCCCCUCCACCACCUAGGCUAUCCAAGCCAUGGGAUUUAGCCCCUUGGGACAUGCACUACAUGAACAAUUGGACUCCAAAAGAUCCUCCCGGUGGCUUAGUCAUCUCUGAUGAUCAGAUGCACGUUGACAUGAAGAUAACCAGUACAUAUCAAAUCUUUGGCCACUUCCUUUCAAAGAAUCGGUUCGUCUUCGGGUUCUGGAGCAUGUACUUGAAACUGAUUCCCAAUGACUCAGCCGGUCUCGUCAUGUCCUACUACUUUUCGUCCCCGGAGAAUCAUACCAACGUGGAUGAAAAUGGAAAGUCCAAGGACACUCACGAUGAGAUGGACUUUGAAUUUCUUGGUAACGUCACUGGAGAGCCAAUCACUCUUCAAACAAAUCUUUAUUUGAACGGCAAAGGAGGUCGCGAAGUACGUCACUACUUGCAAUUCGAUCCGGCGGCGGAUUUCCACAAGUAUUCCCUCCUCUGGAACAAACACAUCAUCAUAUGGUACGUUGAUGACAAGGUAAUACGUGUCCACCACAACAAGCCGGACGUGCCGUUUCCCCUUGUCAGACCCAUGUCGGUGCUUGCCAGUCUGUGGAAUGGAAGCAGUUGGGCCACACAGGGAGGUAAGGAGGAGCUCAACAUCAGCCACGUUCCUUUUGUGCUGCAAUAUGAGGGAUUCGGCGGUGUAGACGGUUGCUUCGCUUGUCCCACAAAUCCGUUUACAGACCCAUCACCGAACUGCAUCAACCCUGACCUUUCCCAAUGCAACUCCGAUAGUUAUUCGUGGAACGCGCAGGAUUCGCUUACUACGAAGCAGAUAGAAGAGCUGAAUAGCCAUUCUCGGGACUAUGUGAUCUACAACUACUGCAAAGACGACCUACGGUUUAAAAAUUGGAAAACUGGCAAUGUUACAUUCCCGCCAGAGUGCAAAUACAACAAUUUCAUUUAGCAUGAAUACUUUCAGAUAUUACUACAAAAAAUUAUUUUAAUUCAUUCUAUUUAGGUGGGACUGUGAUUCUUUUGUGAUCAGUAGAAGACUGAUCGACAUUCGAUCAGGUCUUUUGACAGAAUUUUAGUGCUUAGGAUUCUCAACCAACCUCUUCUGGAUUGUCUUGUUAUAAUCCAAAGAGUGUAAGAUUGAAGAGAAACUUCGAAAAUUGUUCAUUAUUUUCAUCAUAAACUGUUCCGCUGCAUCACGUGUGAUGACACGCUGUGAACAUCACUAUU